AUGGCAGACCAGGUUACUCCUCAGUUCGAUUUCAUCCGCUUGGAAACCAAGCCAAGUGCACAACUCUCCUACAGCUUCACCGCUCCUACAGCAACGAAGGCUACCAACCCGACUCUCAUCGUCUUCGUCAAUGGCCUUGGCGCACCUCAAGCAGGAUGGAUUGCAACAAUGAACAAACUCAAAGAACUUUAUCCUCAGCGUCUUCCAGCGAUGUUGACCUUUGAUCGCUUCGGACAGGGCCAGACCACUGAUCGUGAUCCCAAUGAUGAGGGAGCUGCUGACCCAACUCACGCUCAUGACUGUAUGGCUGUAGUUCGAGAUAUUCGACAGCUUAUUACUCAAAUCCUGAAAGAUAGACUGAGCAUCGAUGAUCCAAAUAGCUCCAAGCUUUUACUGGUUGGAAACUCGAUUGGAUGUGCUCUGACUCGUCUCUACGCCGCUGAGUACCCCGGUACUGUAGCUGGAGCCAUUCUUCUCGACAGCGUCCUGACAGACACGGACUUUGUCUCCGUCUUCCCUGACCCAAAUGCUGAGGGCUUCGACCCUGCCAGUCUUCCACCGGGCGUCACAGCAGACAAUUUGCGUGUCGCCCGAGAGGAGACUGCAAAGCGCUUUCAUCCAAGUGUUGGCUCCAGAGAGGGUCUCAGCCGAAAGAACCUUACUCAACUGCUUGGUCACUCAGACUCACCAGCUCUUCCCAAAGUUGAUGGCAAAGACCCUUAUAUCACUGUUCUGGGCCAUGACUUUAACUACUUUGCGGAGCGCACAGGAACAGACUUCAACAUUCCUGGAGAGGCUGUACAGGCUUACAUGAAUACUUACUGGCACCAUUACAAUGAGGGGUUAGCGAAGCUGACGAGCUCAGAGAGAAGUGAGGGCCCUAUUCAGGUGCCAAAUGCAGGCCAUUUUAUUCAACUUGAUAACCCUAUGUUUGUGGCCGAGAAGCUGCACAACUUGUUGCAGAAACUGGCCGAGGAAUAA